AUGAGCUCAGAUGGCUAUUUCUCCGACGAAUUUGAUGCGUCGCUGUUGAACCAGGUCAGCGCUAUAGAAGCUGCCCACCUGUCGCCAGCCAACUCCCCGAAAAAGCUACCCCCUACACCAUCAGCGCCUGCCCGAGAGGAUUCGGACUUUGACUUCUCCUUCGACGAUUACGGCGAGGUCGAGGCAGAGCUACAGCGUAUAGAACAGACUGCGCUUAAGAAGCAGAAUUCUGUAUUACAUGACCCCGGAGCCGGCCCCAGCAGACAACCCCUCGCCCGCACGGCGUCGAGAAAUACUGUGCAGACCACUCUCUUCGGCGAUGUCUUACAGCCUCAAGCCUCAUCGAACAAGCCGCACCCCUCCACCAGGGCUCCUCUGCAGCGGGUGAAGUCCAACUCUCGCAAUCCUUUCGGCAAGCCCGCCAAGAAGGUCUUGCAAUGGGAUCACACAGAGUUCGCCAAGACCGGCUGGAAGAGGGGAUCCAAAUUGAAAGGGAAGGGAAAGUUUCAAGCAGACGAAGAUGAGGAGGAUGAGGAGUUGGUUGAGUUUGAGCAGUUUCCUAAUCCCGUGGUUUCUGGCGCUGACGUCCAGUAUCACCAGCCUCCGCCGAUGAAACUGCAGCCCGACCGACUGGCUAUGAAGACCUGGAUAUAUCCACUUAAUAAACCGAAGCGGGAUUAUCAAUUUAAUAUCGUGCGGAACUCGCUAUUCGAGAACACGCUUGUCGCUCUCCCAACGGGUCUUGGCAAGACCUUUAUUGCAGGUGUCGUCAUGCUGAACUUCUAUCGUUGGUUUCCGGAAGGGAAGGUGGUCUUUGUUGCGCCAACGAAGCCACUUGUGUCACAGCAGAUUGAAGCCUGUCACAAGACAUGUGGAAUACCAGGAACAGAUGCAGCAGAAUUAACGGGUGCCGUUGCCACACACAUUCGGGCCAGACACUGGGGGCAGAAGCGCGUCUUCUAUAUGACUCCUCAAACCUUCAUGAGUGACCUUGCAACUGAGAGGUGUGAUCCAAUGGACAUAAUACUGCUUGUCAUUGAUGAAGCACAUAAGGGCACGGGAGACUACGCAUAUGCCCAGGUUAUGCGGUAUAUGAUGGCGAAGAACCCCCAUUUCCGAGUCUUGGCACUUACGGCGACGCCUGGCGGCAAGCCGGAAGUCGUCCAGGACAUAGUCCGCGCAUUACAUAUCAGCAAGAUUGAAAUUCGAGACGAGAAUAGCAUCGACCUCCAGGGAUAUAUGCACAAGAAGAUAACGGAGCAACAUAAGAUUGUCAUGAACGAGGACAUUGUCAAGAUACGGAACCUGCUGGCUAAGUUGAUGGAUGGGAAAAUGGGCAAGCUAAGGCAGGCUGGUUUGCUCCGUGGGAGCCCCGACCCGGUCAUGUUGCAACCAUUUUCAUGUAAUUUAGGGAUGCAAGACAUCCAGAAACGGCCCGAUCGACAAUCACUAACAUGGGCAUAUCCCGCCCUGAAGGUCCUAGGACAACUGGCCCGAGCAAUGGGUUACCUACUCGAAUGUAGCAUCAGCAUGUGCUACAAGUGUCUUCAAGAGAUCUCGGGAGGAAGUAAUCAGGAGACUGGCAAGCAAGCAUCGUCAAAGCAGGCCCAAAGCAGCUUACAGAAGGACCGAGUCUUCCAAGAACUCAUGCACGAAAUGGAGAAACAAUACAACAGGGGCCUCGCAGUACAUCCGAAGAUGGAGAAGCUGAAGGCACUCUUGAUCGAGCACUUCGUGAAAGCGACCGAGGAGCCAGCUGAUGAUCAGGAUGGCCCAUCGCAGACGAGGGCGAUGGUCUUCGUCACUUACAGAGAAUGUGUCGACGAAGUCGUGGAGUGGCUUAAUCAGGAGAGCCCCAUGAUCACAGCCACGAAAUUCGUCGGACAGGGAGCGGACAAGCAGGGUAACAAAGGCUUUGGACAGAAGGAGCAGUUGGAGGUUAUCCGGAAGUUCAAAGCUGGAGAGUUCAAUGUUCUAGUCGCCACCUCUGUCGGCGAAGAAGGUCUUGAUAUCGGCGAACUCGAUAUGGUCAUCUGUUAUGACGCGCAGUCGACACCAAUACGCAUGCUUCAACGUAUUGGACGGACGGGACGCAAACGAGAUGGCUACAUACAUGUGUUGGUCGCGGAGAACCGCGAAGAAGCCAACUGGGCCAAAGCCAAGACAAAGUACCAAGAAGUGCAACAAUCUAUAGUCCGCGGAGAAGACCUCCAACUCUACAGCGAUGUUGAACGUCUCUUGCCGGACGACGUGAAUCCACAGUGCAUUGAGAUGGAGAUGGACAUACAGGAGUACGUCCGCGACACCAAAGAGAAGACGGUCGCUGCUGUUAGUGAAGGCAAUUCGCCCCGCAAAAGCAAAAAACGAAAGCGAAACGAUGAUCCACUGAGAAACGUUCCGGCAGGCGCUGCCUCGGGAUUCCUUUCGGUGAGAGACUUGAUUGCGAAGGGCGCUCCCAAGAAGCGUAAGAAAAAUGCAAAGGGCUUUGAUGAACAGGCUGGUGAGGACGACGACGUGGAUGCAGAGCUGGAAGGCGGACUAUUUACUUCACGUCGAUGCGCCUCAACUCCCGCUGCAGAGUCGUCGCCUAAGCCGAAGAAAUUGCGAAAGACCAAGACUGCGGUGGAGGCAGCCAAGGCGACGAAGACGAAGAAACGGAAGACUGUAGUGCCCCAGAUAACGUCCUCCCAGCUUUCGCGGCGAGGCGAGGACGAUUCCGACGACAUGGAGAUCGAACGAGGGCUUGCAUUACAACGACGUCCUUCGCCUCCAGUCGUCAGUCCAAUGCCAAGCUCCAGUCCUCCUCGUCCUACCUCCGAACGGGAUCAAACUAUCCCCUCAUCUCCUGAUGUCCCUCUGGCGGAUAUCAUAGAGAUCGAGAGCGAAUCCCCUUCCGAACUGUCCCUCGGAUCUGACGAUGAGAUCUUCGGAGCUGCUGCAAUAUCGGAAAGUCGAGCCUCAAGUGAGCCUCCACUACCCGCCCUACGCCUGGACGAAUGGGAACCCGACGGAGAGGAGGUCGCUGAUAUCCCGUCUUCCCCUCAAGCUUCUCAUGAGCAUAACGGGCCCCUUCAAGAUAUGUCUUGGCUACUUGAUGACGACGAAGAUCUGCACCUGCAAGUAGCUGAUUCAUCCUCGAUGCAAGACGUUCCUGCAGGAAGAGAUGAUGAGGACGGCCUGAGGAAUCCUCGGGUCGUGAAAGGCAGGCUUCCGCUGUCAUCUUCGAUAAACCCUGCCAAUCCCGGCAUGUCACCAAUAAUAAUACAGAGUUCACCCAGCGAACAGCGAGGGACCGUCCGGCGGGAUAUGCCUCCGCCUCCGUUACCAGUUCGUUUCCAGACGGCUCGGGAAGUAUCUGGAGGACACGAGAUGGUCAUGCCCGAAGCGUCGUUCGCUGUCGGUGCCCUUCGUGCUCGCAGGAAGCGACCCAGGGUUGUAGCUGAUGUGGACUCUUCUCCCGUGGCGCCUCGACCGCGUCGUCUGCGCCGUGCUGAUGCAGCAGCGACUUCGGCGGAUAACGCUGCUCCUAUGAAGCAGCGACGUCGCAGACAGCUAGUUGACCCGGGCGCAAGCAGGGUCUGGCUCGAUGUCGAAGCUGCUCAUUCGGGAGAUGAGUCCAGCGAGGGCGAAUCUGACGACUUCGAAGAAGUCGCUAAUGAGUCAGAUCGACGCUUCCUGCAAGAGCUUCCGGAGACUCAAGUGUCACCUUCUUACGACCAGGCAGCGGCGUACCGUCAAAGUUUAUUUACUCAAGCGCCAGCACCAGGACUGGGACCUGUUUUCGCUCAUAAUCCUGUAAGGCAAUAUCCCUUCGGGCCUGACCGCGGGCGACGGCCGAUUCAGACAGAGCUCAUCUCGAGCUCUCCACGACAGGACGACGACGUCCGCGACGAGUAUGCCAUCGGUAGCUUUGUUGUCGAUGAUGAGGCAGAAAUUUCCUAUCACGAAGACUCCAGCGAGUUAUAG